AGAAGACUUUUAAGCAAUCACAUGUAGAUAUAACCAUCAAGGUGCCUUUCUUUCACUGCACUCAUUGUCGGUUUUACCUGUGACUAUUUCUAUGGAGGCUGUAAGAACUGAAUGUGCCCCUUUCUCCACUUCAACAACUACAAUAUUGCUGUCGCUGUACCGAAAGGGUAUGACAGGUUGGGGCAAAAAAAGCAACCAUUCCUGGAAAUAGCAAAGGACCGUACAGGCCUCAACGAGAAGCAGAUAAGGAACUGGAUACGCCGAGAAAACAUGAAAAUUAAGCAUGGUGGCAUUGAUGCGGAUGAAUCUGGUCCCUCUGAUCAGUACAACAUUCCGAAGAAGUCAAGCGGGCCAUGGCACCAAUUUCUAAAAGAGUACGGAAAAUCUGAAGGUGGAAAGAGUGCCAUUGCAACCGCUGGAAAUCCAGGUGUUUUUAACAAGGAAGCCAGUGAAGCUUAUAAUAACUUGUCUAGCGAUGAGAAACAAGCUCUGAGAGAACGUUCUGAAACGAAUGAGCGACUCUCCCAUAAAGGUGUCCUAAAAGAAGCUGAGAAACGUUUUGGGAAGAUUCAGAAGCUGUUUGAUGAACUUGAUGAACUUGGCUUUCGUGGAUUUGGUUUUGCUCUUAGGAUGGAGUACACACAAAUUGUGGGAACAUCAGAUGUGUUACAAGCAUUCACACCAGAAGUAAUAAAUUGGCUUCAUGCUGUUGUCACUGUUGCCAGUCCACCACCUUUCCCUGUUGGCCUCUUGUCACAAUCAAAGCCAAAACGCAGUCACCCCGAGCCACUCAAGUCUUCAGUCAAGCCGAAACGAUCUAGGGUCAUGUCGGAGAUAUCAUCCGAUUCUGAUUCUGAUUUGCUCUCUCAUGCAAACCAUGUACAAUCUCAUGAAAACAUACAAUCAAUUGAGAUUGAUUCACAACCAGUGGAUAAGAAAGCAAAAAAAAAUAAAAAAAAACCUCACAAAAGCUCUCCAAGCUUCCCAAGCUAAGACAGAUACUACCAGCAAAAACCAAUCAACUAUUGAAAUCAGCGACAGUCCUGUAAUGCCUUGUAUGAAAGCAUGGAUUAAAUCACCAAUGUUCACGUUACAACAGGAGGACAAAGUCUGCUUGGAGUCGAGUGUAGAGUGGUUGAAUGAUCGGAUUAUCAAUGCCGCACAAAUUAUGCUGAAAUCACAGUGCGACAAUAAGUUGAGCGGCUGGUAAAAUGUCCUCUUUGAGCAAAGGGCUAUCUCAUUCAAAAUCAUUGACGAGGGAACACCUUUUGUACAGAUCAUCCUCGUUGGCAAGUCUCAUUGGGUAACAGUUAGUAAUGUGUGGUGCGAUACCAGUACAUUGAAAGUGUGCGACAGUAUGUACAGUGACAUCAGCUCUGCUACAAUUGAACAAAUUUGUAGUUUCUGGCGUUGCUCAACAAGGUCUACUACGUUUUGCUUAAUGAACGUGCAAAAGCAGCUAAAUUGUAGUGAUUGCGGUGUGUUUGCCAUUGCGUAUGCCACGGAAUUGGUACAUAGCACUGAUCCACUUUUAGCACAUAGAAAUGUGGAGUUGAUGCGUACACACUUGA